AGUCAAUGUGUAUAUCAGGUGGAAACUUGACUUCGCCCGACGAGGUCCUCGGUGAGCUACAGAGCUUCCUAUAAUAAAGAGAAUAGAAAUCAUAGAAUACAUUUUUAUUUUAUGAUUUUAUUUGCGAGUGGAACGAAUAAAACCCAUUUUUUUCACAGAAAAAUUAAUCAACGGAAAUGUAUAUCGUUGCUUUGUUUCUAUUGUGCUUCGUUUCGGCUACAUGGCAGCAAAACAUUUAUUGGUCCUUUCAUCCGGGGCGCGUGCCUUUUUAUUCCUUGUUCGACCAAAACCUUCAAAAUUAUGGGCCCGUUCUUCCCAAGUCAGACGAUGCUGGACUCUAUCUUGACCCUGAAAACAGAUACGACUAUCAACAUAACUCAGAAGUUGAACAGCGCACCCUGGGAAGACCGUCGGAAACAAUUCGUAACGAAAAGCUGAGAGCGAAUUCGGAACCGAGAUUCUUUGGGGUUGGCAGUUAUUUGGCGAGUAUUGUCAUGAACUCGUUGUCUCCCAGCGUAACUUCUUUCACAACGGCUACGUCAACCAUCACCGCUGCAACUGUAUUCAGUUGUUAUACUUCAACCAUGUUCUCAUAUACUACUGCUUGUCGACGCAAGAGAGGUGGAGUUCCGAAUCUGUUGAUUGGGGAUAGCAACAACGAAUAUUUCAAUGCACCGCUACCGCUACCGCUACCGCUUGAUGACAAAAGCAUGGCGGCUGCCCAGUCAGAGAAGCUGCCAAAAGAAGGAAGAGACGUUGAUCUGGCCUAUUUAGUAACUUCAUCACAAAACGAAGAGGAGCGAGCUCAUGCAACAAAUCCUAAACAAACCGAAUCAUCAGUCGACAGUUAUUUCCGGCGAAAUCGAAACGUCUUUGGAUCCUUCAAGGCCACGUCGACUUUGACGUCAUAUUCGGUGAUUUAUUCAACAAGUUUGAGGACUGUAACGAAUCUUGCUUAUGGAAAUGGACUGUAUUGCGUGCCAACCGGAUUUACCCUUUGCUAA